AAGAGGUAUCGACCAUUAGGUGGCAGCAGUACGUGCAGUCACUGAUAAUGCGACGUAAAAGGAAAAAGUAAAGAAGAAGAAGGAGACAAACAAACCCGCGUGAUUUGGAAUUGGACGAUAUAAUCGUUUAAAAGGAUGGGGAGCAGCAGUCGAGCAGGGUUUGGAGUCAUAGACAGCGACUCGAGCGAUUCCGAGCAGCUCCCUUUGAUCGAUUUCUCCCAAAGAACAAGGACACCGGCGUGUUCAGGCUCUGCAAUCGCUCGUCCGGUCUCGGCUGGAGAAAAAGUCUUCACUGUCAGCAGUGAGAGUGAGGAUGAAGAGGCUUUCGUUCCUCUGGCUGUCAGGCUGAAACAGAAAGCUAUAAAGAGCACGAGUGUGAGUCAGAGCUCGUCUGCGAACCAGAACGGAGCCCUGAACGAGAAGGUCGAUGGAACAGUUCAGGUUUUAGGACGUGAUCCAUGUGCUGCGAGGCGGGACGGAAAAACAGGAUCUAACUCCGCUACGGAGGAAGACGCCGCCAUCCGGAAGCGCAAACGCACCUUGGAGGAGAUGGAGGCGAGCAGAGAGGAGGCCCUGCGCAGGAAAGCCGAGCGAGAGAAGCAGAGCGGAGAGAGGGAGCGACUGAGGGCGGAGAAGAAAGCGCUAACGGAGGUAGUGAAGGCCAUGAGACCGGACGAGUGCAUCAAUCACAUGGUGGCGGUGGUGGAUCCGGGCCUGUUGCAGAUGGAAGGUGGUGGUGAUCUCCUGACCUCACUGCACACGAUGGGAUGCAGCUGUGCCAUUGAGAAGCAGCCGCUACCACGGAGUGUGUCCUGGGUUAGACGUGCAACCUGUCCUCAGACCGGAGAAGCGCUGUCGCUGCCCGAAGCUCUCGUGGCGAUCCAAGUCCCGGUGGACGACUUCAUCGGCAUGGUUCACGCUUUCACGCAGAAGAGCAGAGCAGGAACGAGCGAGCACGGCGUAACCCUGACCGAUUGGGUUCUCCGUCUCAUGGCGAGAAACUCAGAGCGGACCCUCAGUCUGGCCGUGAUCGACAUCGAGAAAUAUUAUAAGAGUCAGAGCUCUAAGGGGCGGCAGAAGUUUCGGGAGGCGGUGUUGGGGAACGAGACGCAGAAGAGGAAGAGGAUGGACGUGAAACAGCUCCCUGAUGUCUCUCGGGUGGAAGUGGAGGAGGCUUUAGUCGACCUCCAGCUGCACGCGGGAGUCCAAGUGCACUUUCACUCGACCUGGAAAGACUUCACUAAUUACGUUACUAUGACAACCAAGGCAGUAGCUGAAGCGCCGUUCAAGCGAGAGCGAGACCAGACAGGUUUUAGCUUUUGUCUGGAGAGCGAGUGGGCAGGUGGUCAGAAGGUGGAUCGUGCAGGGAAAGGACUUCUGCAGGUGUGGAAGAGGCAGAUCCAGCAGCUGAACCGCGUCAGCGCGGACAUGGCUACAGCGGUCCUCAGCACCUACCCCUCUCCUCAGCUCCUUCUUCAGGCGUACACGCGGUGUAAGACGGAUCGCGAGAGGGCAGCGCUGCUAUCAGACGUUCUGAUUCGUCGAGGGGAGGGAGUGACGUCAACGACGCGCAGGAUCGGCCCUGAGCUCUCCAAGCGUAUCUUUCUGAUGAUGAUGUCAUCAGACCCCCAGCAAACCCUCGAAUCCGUGUCCUAAACAAGCAGUGACAAAGAAA